AUGAGCCCACAAUCCUCCUCCCUGACUCAGGAACCAGAGGGACUUGUCGGGGGCUAUCGAGGGAACAGCACCGCUGUCAAGGUCAUCAUAGGUGUCCUGAUCGCCAUCGUGUUUUAUAAUGCAGUCGAACUCACAGUUCUCAUCCUUAUGACCUUUCGUCGCUACCAGAGUCUCUACUUUUGGUCUUUGAUGCUUUCCGCGACUGUUGGGCUUAUAGCCAGUGGCGUCGGCAAUCUGCUACACUUCUUCGACAUUGGACCGUUAAGUUUGGCUCUGGCACUAUCUAAUAUCGGAUUCUACUUCCUGGUUCCGGCUCAAUCCGUGGUUCUAUACUCGAGACUACACCUGGUUCUUUUCAAUCAGCGUCUCCUCCAUUUUAUACUCCGUGCAGUGACCUUCGAUGGUAUCGUCUUGGCCGUUCUAGUGACGGUUAUGUCAUUCGGCUCAGCCUUCCUGCAGACGGGCCCUUGGAAUGCGGGUUAUACGGUCGUGGAGCGGCUGCAGGUGACCUGGUUCUCUUAG